CAGCUAACAAACGAUUAACUCCUCCACAAAGGCGCCUAGUUACCGCUUUAGUUGUUCUGCUUCUCUCUCUCUCUAUUUUCUCUCUCUCUCUCUCCUCUCGCAAAUAUUCAUCGUUUGCCUUGUCCAGGUCUAUGAACUGAAUCCUGUCGCUUUUGGUCCUUUUAGGGCUUCGAAUUGGGAAUUGGAAUUGUGUCUCGUUUUCCGGUUCUUCGGCUUCGGCUUGAUUUUGGAGAUUUAGGGUUUUGUUUGUUCAGUGGGGACUUGUGGGAAUGAAAGAUUUGAAUACGGAUGUGUUUGACCCGACGGCCGGGAUGGAUUCGGAUUAUUCGCGUGCCUCUUGUGCUUCAUCUUCCGACGCGGAUUUUGGAUUCGCUUUUAACGACAGUAAUUUCUCCGAUCGGUUGCUACGGAUUGAGAUUAUGGGUGAACCGGCGGAGUCCCGCCCUGAUUCUGUGGGAUGUACUAGCAUCCUUGAUUGGGCUCGGCGGAAGAGAAGGAGAGAGGAUUGCAAGAAGGAAAGCGUCGUUGAUCUAAAUGGAUGCCCGGAGGAGCAAGUUUUAAAUGGAAGCCAACCUGACAUGGAUGAUGCCAUACCUUGUGAAAAUCUAGAUGAUGAACCUGCUCAAAUGAUUGAAGAGUUGCAUUCAGGUGAUGAAGCUGCAAAUGUCGAUGAAUCAAGCUGGGGGAUGGAUUGUUCUACUGUUAUUAAAGUUAAAACAUUGCAUAUCAGCUCUCCAAUUUUGGCUGCUAAAAGUCCCUUUUUCUAUAAGCUGUUCUCUAAUGGGAUGAGAGAGUCUGAACAGCGGAAUGUGACCUUACGCAUCAACGCCUCGGAGGAAGCUGCCCUAAUGGAGUUGCUGAAUUUUAUGUAUAGUAAUACCCUAUCUUUUAGCACCGCUUCAGCUUUGCUUGAUGUGCUUAUGGCUGCCGACAAAUUUGAGGUUGCUUCAUGCAUGAGGUACUGCAGCAGGCUUCUAAGAAAUUUGCCAAUGACACCUGAGUCGGCAUUGCUGUAUCUAGAGCUUCCAUCCAGCGUCUUAAUGGCUGAAGCAGUCCAACCAUUGACUGAUGCAGCAAAGCAGUAUCUUGCUGUUCGCUACAAGGACAUUACCAAGUUCCAGGAAGAGGUAAUGGCUUUGCCUCUUGCAGGAGUGGAGGCAAUAUUGUCUAGUGAUGAUCUACAGGUUGCAUCAGAGGAUGCAGUAUACGACUUCAUCUUGAAGUGGGCUAGAACUCAAUACCCAAAGCUGGAGGAGAGGCGAGAAGUGCUGGGGGCUCGACUUGCACGUUAUAUUCGAUUCCCCUUUAUGACUUGUCGUAAGCUUAAGAAAGUUCUGACCUGCAAUGACUUUGACCAUGAUGUUGCUUGCAAACUUGUGCUUGAGGCCCUUUUCUUCAAGGCAGAGGCUCCUCACAGGCAGAGAAUCCUAGCUGCAGAUGAGUCGGCUUCCUCAAACCGCCGCUUUAUCGAGAGAGCCUACAAGUAUCGUCCAGUCAAGAUAGUUGAGUUUGAUCGUCCUCGGCAGCAGUGUGUGGUGUACCUCGACCUCAAGCGGGAAGAAUGUGCAAAUUUGUUUCCAUCAGGGCGAGUAUAUUCUCAGGCAUUCCACUUGGGCGGACAAGGAUUUUUCCUUUCAGCUCAUUGCAACAUGGACCAGCAGAGCUCGUUCCAUUGCUUCGGGCUUUUCUUGGGAAUGCAGGAGAAAGGAUCAGUUUCUUUUGCAGUUGACUAUGAAUUUGCCGCAAGAUCAAAGCCAACCGAGGAGUUCGUAAGCAAAUAUAAGGGCAACUACACGUUCACAGGAGGCAAGGCAGUUGGCUAUAGAAACUUAUUUGCAAUACCUUGGACUUCUUUCAUGGCCGAAGAUAGUCUCUACUUUAUAAAUGGAGUCCUCCAUCUUAGAGCUGAACUUACCAUCAGGCAGCACUGACCCACCACAUUAUGUUCUGUAUCUAAAGUAUCGUAAGGUAAUUAUCAAAUCUCUCUGGUGUUCUAGGUUGUCUAACCAUCUAAUUUUUGUAUGUCUUUUUUUUCUUUUUCCUCGUUUACCCUUUUGACAUCCUCUCCCUCGACUCGAAGAGGACGAUGUAAUAGUAAAGGCAUUUAUAUUACUAAUACUCUGUUGGAUCUCAAGGAGAUUAUACUAAUUCCCUCUCCAUACUAUUUAACAUCAACAUUUGUAACUUGAAAUGCAUUUGGUAGUGUUAGAAAUUUGACUUUCCUGCUUC